UAUUGGGUUUAAUUAAAAAAAAGUAUAAUCCAGAAAUGGUUUGUUUUUAAAAAAUAAAUAAAAAUAUUUUGACUGAAGAACAUCUUCACUUGUUUAUGCAAGAAAUCAAACACUAUUUGAUUUUUCUUAAGCAGGGGAAAGCAGUAGAUCAUGCAUGGUAAUACCAUUCAGUGAUACUGUCAGGUGUUGUAAGGAUACUAAAUGCAUAUUUGACAUUAACGAGCUGCCAAAGUUUAAAAACUAGCGACAGCAGCCUCGCAAGUCAGGCUCACUUUCACUGUCCUGAUAAAUCAAAUGCGCUUUUACUUUCUAAUAAGGUGAAACUGUGAGCUGUCAGAAACGUUGCAAAGUCAUUGGACGUAACUUCUGCUACAUGUAAACAAGCACAUGCACUCAAUUUCGUACACUAGUGCUUAACGUUGCGUUAGACAUUCCUAACCUGACAGUGUCCCUAAGUUAUCAUGUCUGUUUGCUUUCAUUUUCCAGCUGGGUUUUAAUUUUGCAUGCAUUUCAGUGAAAUAUGGUAUGCGUAAUAAUUGUUUCCUGGAAGCGUUUUGGGGCUAUUGCUGCUGGUACUCACCAAAGUCAGGAAGGCGAUGAAAUCUCUUUUCCUUUUGUGGUGGUUUGUUAGCUAAAUCAAAAGCAGUGCAGAAAACGAUCCUGUUCUUUAUUUGUAUAGUAACUUACAUGUUUCUGAGUUUGAUGUUGUUUGCCAAAUAGCUCUAAGUAACAAGGAGCUCUCUGCUUAAUGACACCCCAAACAACUCCAAAUGUAGUGUACCUAAUAUUUUUGUUUGGAGGAAGAAUGUUAAACUUUAGUUGCUUUGGCAGAGCAAUUGGUGACGUUUAAUGCUUGUCCUUAGUUUAUUGUAGGAGCCUCUGGGAAGCUGUUUUUUUGAAGUAAUGCCAAUAGAAAGUGGAAGCUGUGCAUCUGCUCGCCAAGCAAAGCAGAAACGCAAAUCACACAGUCUUUCAAUCCGAAGAACCAACAGUUCUGAGCAAGAGCGGGCAGGACUGCAGAGAGACAUGUUGGAAGGGCAGGAUUCUAAACUACCAUCUUCUGUUCGGAACACGCUCCUCGAACUUUUUGGACAAAUAGAGCGGGAGUUUGAAAAUUUGUAUAUUGAAAAUUUGGAAUUACGUAGAGAGAUUGAUACUCUUAAUGAGCGUUUAGCAGCCGAAGGACAGACAAUCGAUGGAGCUGAACUGAGCAAAGGACAACUGAAAACAAAAGCCAGCCAUAGUACCAGUCAACUUUCUCAGAAAUUAAAGACAACUUACAAGGCAUCUACUAGCAAGAUUGUAUCCAGUUUUAAAACUACAACAUCAAGAGCAAUCUGUCAACUGGUAAAGGAGUAUAUUGGCCACAGGGAUGGCAUUUGGGAUGUCAGUGUUGCGAAAACUCAGCCAGUGGUUUUGGGAACUGCAUCUGCUGAUCAUACUGCUUUGCUGUGGAGCAUAGAAACAGGGAAGUGCCUUGUCAAGUAUGUAGGGCAUGUUGGAUCAGUAAACUCAAUAAAGUUUCAUCCAACUGAGCAAGUGGCUCUUACAGCAUCUGGAGACCAGACAGCUCACAUCUGGAGAUACAUAGUACAGUUGCCUACACCUCAGCCAACUGCAGACUGCAAUCAAGUGUCUGGAGAAGAUGAAUUUGAGUUCUCAGAUAAAGAUGAACCAGAUGGAGAUGGAGAUGGUUCUAGCGAUUGUCCCACUGUUAGAGCUCCGUUAACUUCACUCAAAAGUCAUCAAGGAGUGGUCAUAGCAGCUGAUUGGCUUGUUGGGGGGAAGCAAGCAGUGACAGCUUCGUGGGAUAGGACAGCAAACCUGUAUGAUGUAGAGACUUCUGAAUUAGUCCAUUCUCUUACAGGGCAUGACCAAGAGCUAACACACUGUUGUACCCAUCCCACCCAGCGUCUUGUGGUGACGUCCUCACGUGAUACAACCUUCCGCCUGUGGGAUUUCAGAGAUCCUUCUAUCCAUUCUGUGAAUGUCUUUCAGGGCCACACAGACACUGUGACAUCUGCAGUUUUCACUGUGGGAGACAAUGUUGUUUCUGGUAGUGAUGACCGUACUGUAAAAGUUUGGGAUUUGAAAAACAUGAGGUCUCCUAUUGCUACCAUUCGUACAGAUUCUGCAGUAAAUAGGAUUAAUGUAUGUGUUGGCCAAAGAAUCAUUGCCCUUCCCCACGACAACCGACAGGUUAGGUUAUUUGACAUGUCAGGAGUGCGAUUAGCACGCCUCCCUCGCAGUAAUAGACAGGGCCACAGAAGAAUGGUGUGCUGCUCCGCCUGGAGUGAAGAUCACCCAAUAUGUAACCUCUUCACCUGUGGAUUUGAUCGUCAGGCUAUUGGCUGGAACAUCAAUAUUCCUGCUUUGUUACAAGAAAAGUGAAAUGCUGGAAGAAUUUUUGCAUUUUAUGUUGCCGUGGACUGCUGUACUUCUGCAGACUUCUCUGAAUACCAGUCUGCUAUUGGUCUAAAAGCUCUUCCUUAAAUGGAAACUUCAGCAGAUGUUGUUCUUGUUACCACAUUGUGCACAGUUUGCAUGAGUUGUACAGAAAAUGUGAUUUUUCUUUUUUAAAUUAGUUUGUCCUGUGUAUGAACUUUUAUAUUUUGGCAUCCACUGGUCAAUAUGUUCACUGUUGCAUAGAGCACAUAAGUGUUCAUAAGUUAUUUAGCAUUUGAUAGAUAAACAGUAGGGCAUUACAUUUGUGACAUAAAUGUGAAACUGAUGUAGUUAAUGUAGAGAGUGUAUAGCAGUCUGUUACAUUUUUCCAUGAUCUACAUAUCUGCCUUGUGUUGAAAAGAAUCUGCAGGGCUAAAAGUUUGAAAUGAAGUGUGAAUUUCACUAGUUGUAUGAUUGUAAACAUUUUCCUGUUUGCAUCUAAUUGGAACAGUUAUUUUUAGUGCUGCAGUAUAGUGCUACUUCAACUCCAUUUUCAGUCCAGUUAUGGGAGAAAUAGUAGACUUGAGAAGGAAAAUAUAAACAACUUGUAGUGAUUAUAGACUGCAAGGUGUAUUCUGAAAGCUUUUUGUACUUUUUCUUUGGAAAAAAGAAAAUGUUCAUUCUGCCCUUCUUAUAUAAAGUGAUUCUAAAAAUCUCAUGGCAUUUCACACUAGCAAAAAUCCAGAAUAUUAUGAUCCAGUCAAGCAAAUUUUGAAGCACUUUAGUUUAUAGCUAUUGUUAUAAACCAUUUAUGAAAGUUUGACUUUACCAGUGAAUGUGAGCUGACCUUUGUAAGAAGGAUUGCUUCUUUUUGGUGAUCUGCCCAGAAAGGAUAUAAUUUUAUCUUUUUUUUGUCUUUUUUUUCCUAUACCUACAAUGAGUAUACUUUAAAUGCGUUCUUUUUUUUUUUCUCCUUUUUUCUUUUUUUUUUUUGAGCCAGCAAUACAAAGUAAAUUAGUACUACCUCAAAAGUGAAUGUUGGUCAAGAUACGCUGAAUCUCUCUGUAGCCUGGAAAAAGCACUUUUGGUCUCUGGCUGAAGUACUGUUUACUUACAUGAGAGGAAAGACAAUCAUACUUAAUGUGAUCCUUAACAUAAUUAACACUUAAGGCUAAUGGAGCAAUAUGAUAAGUAAACAUCAUCUGUUACCUUUGUGUUCUCAGCUGUGGCAAGGGGCUGUUGCAGUCCUUAUACUGUCGUACAUGGGAUAAUUAGUGUAGACCUCCCUUCUUUCUCCCCAAUGAUCUUACUGUGCUUUUGCUCCGCACUGUGCCCAGCCUUUUUUGCACUGGCAGUGCGGUGUUAUACCACAACUGCUGCUUAUUUAUGUAAGUGCAAAUGGCAGCUGACAUCUUCAAAAGAACAGGAAGGCUGCUUCAGUCAGACACUUCUUUUUAGCUAGAGGGAGAUCCUGCCCCUAACUGUUUGACAUAUCACACUGGAAGAUGAAGGGUGAGGGUAAGCUAAGGGUGUGCUGUUACAGUGGGAAAGUUUAUGCUGGGCUGCCAUUAGAUAAGUAAUUGGAACUUUUUAUCUCAUUCUUUGGAAUAUGUGAAGCUGUAACUGUGCUCGUGUCCUCUACAACGCGGUUCAGGGCUGAUGUGUUAAUUGGGUUCCUUGUUGGCUGACGUGUAAAAGCGUUGCAGUGCGAUGGGAUGGGAUGGGAUUGAAUAGUUGCAGGGAAACUAGAGUCCUAGAAUUGGUUUUGUGGAAGAUCAAGGUAUGUAAUGGAAAAUGAGUCUAAUAUCUUUAUAGUAUGAGCCAUCAUAGUAGCUUCAUCUUAAAUUCCAUAGUGUAUUUUUCUGUUUUUUUUUUUUCUUGAGGUAGAAGUUAUAUACAGAACUGUACUGAAGCAGUCUUAAAAUACCAGAACUAGUGAAGUUGAGGAAAGUGGCUGCAGAGCUUUAAGUCUCCUGAUAAAAAGGGUUAAAGAUGGUGUCAGCAUUUAUUUUCACUUAUUUUUUUUCUGGAUUUUUAAAGCCAUUUGAUGUUGACAGAUUUUAUUCUUUAAGGAAAAAGGCUCACAUUUUCUUUCAGUUGAGAGAGAAGUUUCUCUCCAGCCAGCACAAGCAGUUUCUGUAGCAGAGCUUGCGUGUAACAUCUUGAGUGAUGGCCCAACCGUCAGUUAUGUGCGGCGAGGGAGAGAGGGUCACUGCUUUUGGUCCUGCUAGCCUGAAUCGACUGCUUAAAUGUCUCCAGUAUACAGAUGUAAUACAGGACCAUGAGACUCUAUGUAGUCUGAUAAUCAUUGCUGCAAACUUUUUAUAUCACCAGAGGAACAGACCUCUGGCACCAGAAUGGGACAAUUAUAUGCGUUCAUUUUUGAAGAAAUAUCAAACAAGGUGCUACAGCCACGUUCUUAUGAGCAGGCGAAUACUCAACUAGAUUUGAACUAACUCUUCGCUUAAUUUUAUAUACUGUACUGAAGAUUAAACCCCAGUUUCCACUUCCCUUGAAGCAAAUCACACAUGAGCAGUGGUAGUGAACAGUACUGCGCUGAUUAAACACGUGAGAAACAUUUCAUAGGUUUGGAUAUUCUAGAGAGAGCUUUUUCAGCAUUGAACAAUGUCCAACAUUUCAUAAAAUGGAGAAGAGUUGCAGUUACAGUUUCAGUAUUGUGCAGAAUAUUCAGAACUUCACAGAAUGUUCAUCACUGGGCAAAAUCAAGCUUUUGUCUUUCAAAUAAUGCACAUCAGUUUUCACAAGUUUUGUGUACUUUUAAAUCAGAAAGAUCUGGAAUGCAGCAUCUUAUUUGUUGCCUAAAUCUGUGAAAAGCAUCUUUUUGGAAAAAGAAUUUAUAAGUUAUGUGGAACCACUUUUUAUUAUUCUGCUAAUUUGUUUAUAGAUGUAAAAUCUUAAUCUUCAUUAUGAUUCAAAACUGCAUUAAAACAUUCAACAUUUUUUUUUGCAAGUUACUGUUCUUCUGUUUUGCAUUAAGGUUAAUAUUAAUAUCUCAUUAGUAAUCAAAUGAUUUUCCUAUCCGUUUUCUGCUCUCUUACUCAAGAAGUUAAUUAUCAGUGCAAUGAUGAGUGCAGUUGAGGAAGAAGGCCAGGUGAGCCCCUGAAGUAGGGCAUGCACUUGGUCAUGCUGACAUAGGCAGGUGCUCAGUCUUGGUAUUUGUACUGUUGUCUUUGGUUUUGUAUGAGCUAUUUUGUAAAUACGUUUUGUUUUGUAGAUUA